AUGAUGAUGAUGAGCUCAAGCUGCGUUGGGGGCUGUUUAGACGCCCAAGACCCAGUAAAAGUGAGCUUUGUGAGACUUUACAAAUGGCCUGAAGCAGACGCAGAGUUCUUAAGAAACUCAAGCAUGGAGGACGAGAAGACAUCAUCAGAGACGACGGGUCGUCGUCGUCGUUCUGCUUUCAACACUGAAGCAUAUGUCUACCAUGAGAGCUUUGCUUCGAGGCAGAGGUAUCUCAGAAGCUAUACUUUCAGCAAGAAAGAGACGUUUAUGGAGAAAACAAAGAGGUGGUACUUGAAGGAGAAGCAGAAGGUCGUACUGGUAAUUAAGAGCAGUACCAAGUCUAAGAAUUACAAAUUAUCACAUGGUAGCAUUAAUGGCUCCUGUAAUUCUUUUCUUGGAGGCGUCUUUAAUGUAUUGCUUUCCUGUGUGGCGACGUUAGACGUUCGUGAUGAUCAUGAUGAGUAA